CGGUCACACUACCCGAUCUCGAAGCCAUCCCAGUCUCUGUCAAUGAAGCUAGCAUCUCUCAGCACACCUGGACGCUGUGCUACUAUCGAUGAUGUCACACAUACAUUGCAGCCGCACACAAGACGAGAAUGCGUGAAUGCCCAAGACAGAUACUCUAUCCACUGGACCUCAAAUCUGGCACCACAUGCCGUGCCUGAAGAGCUGCAUAGCCAAUUUGCAGAGGAGAACGAGAGGGCAGCCUGCUAGGCCAAAAUCCGACUGCUGCUAGCCACUACCUACCUAGUAGUACUGCACCCUAGCUUCAGCACUACUGAGAAGCGAACAAAUGAUGGCCAGUGUCAGCCUGUCCUCGACGGAGAUGAUCCUCGAACGUAGCAAAAGCGCGGCAGAAGACUUGGUGAACGUCGGCCAUGAUGUGUUGCUGCACAUUGUGACUGCAUAACUAGCGAAAGGACGCAUUCGAGAUCACUAGGAAAGCUGACAUGAGAAAGUACCCAGCCAUGCAGGCAACGACCCUGCUCAUAGCAGCCGUAGCAUGUGCGCCUGCGGUACUGGCCCAAUUCAUCACCCCACCGCAAGAUUUGACCGCAGUCCAAGGCAACGGAUACCAAGUACGAUACAAGGAAGUAGAGAGUGGGAUUUGUGAGAAAGUGUCAGGCGUGCGAUCUUACUCUGGCUAUAUUGACGUUGAGGAGCAUCAACACCUAUUCUUCUGGUUCUUCGAGGCCCGAAACCAGGAUCCUUCAUCAGCACCUCUAACAAUAUGGUUGAAUGGUGGUCCAGGCGAUCCUUCAAUGUCUGGACUGUUCUCAGAAAAUGGGCCUUGUUGGGUUGACUACAACGGCACGUUGCAAGUCAACGAAAACUCAUGGACCAAUGUCAGCAACGUUAUCUACAUCGACCAACCGACAGGUACCGGCUUCAGCUACUCCAUUCCUGUUAAUGGCUACAUCGAUGCGGAUACGGGAUAUCUCGUGGAGUUGCCGAGUGCAGUCUGCCCAGACUAUGCCACUGCUGACUAUUGCGGCACUUAUUCUUCCAGCAAUGUAAUACAUACUGCCAACAGUACGUUGGCAGCAGCGCCAUACAUCUGGAAAGCUCUGCAGGGUUUCACUGGUGCUUUUCCACAAUUUGCUCGGAAUGGUCUCUAUAUCUCUAGUGAGAGCUACGGGGGGCAUUACAUACCAGUCCUUGCCGACUUUAUUCUUGAUCAGAAUGUUCGCAAAGAAGGUGCUCAUAUCGACUUGCGAGGUCUGUCUGUUGGCAAUGGUUGGUUCGACCCAAUCAUUCAAUUCGAGUCAUACUACAACUACACCGUCAACCCUGGUAAUAGCUUCAACUUUCGUCCCUUCAACGCAUCGACUCAAGCUCGAAUGGAGAACGCUCUCUACGGCGACGGCAAUUGUCUCGAUCAGCUCUAUGCUUGCAAUUAUGGGCCAGGCACCGACGGGGUCUGCUCUGCUGCUGACAACUUUUGCUACGACGAAGUUGAAUAUGUAUUCGACGCAGUUACUGGCCGUGAUGAGUAUGACAUCCGCGAAGUGACUCCAAAUCCAUUCCCCUAUAUAUCUUGGGUGGGAUACGUGAACAAGCCGGAAGUCCAGAGGGCAAUUGGAGCCUAUACUAAUUUCACUUACGCUGUAACCAAUCUUGGAGCUGGCACCGUGGCAGCGGCCUUUGGAACGACAGGGGAUGACGCGAGAGGGUUUGAUAUCAUGGCCAGAAACCGGAGAUUGAUCGACAGUGGGGUUUACGUGGUACAUUAUGCUGGUGAUGCGGAUUACAAUUGCAAUUGGAUUGGGGGCGAAGAAGUGGCCAGGCAAAUCGAUGCACCGGGAUUCUCUUCGGCUGGGUAUCAAAACCUCACUACUAUCAGCACCUUCGUUGCGAACGGAUACCAAUCCACUAUCACAGAAGAAGUUCACGGCGCUGUCAAACAGGCCUCCAACUAUGCAUUUGUCAGGAUAUACGACAGCGGCCAUCAAGUUCCUUUCUACAAGCCUAAGGCUGCACUGGCUCUUUUUGAGAGGCUAGUGAAGGGCACUGAUCUCGCCACUGGACAGGAGAGGAUUGACCAAAAGGCCAAGUAUGCAAGUGUGGGGCCUCAGAGCAGUGACUACCGCAAUGACCCCAGCACGAUCCAAGAGCAUGUUCUUGAUGAGAGUUGUCUUUGGGAUCCUGAGACCAACAUGCCUGUGUGCUAGCGGCGGCCAAUUACGUAGCUCGAAAGCAAUAUAAGACGAAGC